AUGGUUCUGGACGAGGCUGCCGUAUGCGACCGUUUCCAGAAAGUGAAUUCGUCGACCGACUGUGUUCAGACGACUUCAUCUUGGAUUUUGAGUCACAAAGACGAGAUCGACGUGAUCACUCGUUCUUGGAUGAAAGUAUAUCAAGGGGGUGAGUUUGAUGUUUCCUUUAUUACUCUUAAAUUUAGGCUCCGAGUCUGUUCGUGUUGCCUUGGUGUACAUUGUCAGUGACGUAGUACAUAACGCAAAGAGGGAACGCGACAAGACUAUUUCUGUCGCCUUUCAUCCACAUUUUGUUAAUGCGAUUGUUUUGGCUUCGGACACGGUGAAGAGACCCAUUAAAAGAUGUCUGGAGGUCUUCAGGGAGAGACAUAUUUACCCAAAACAUAUAAUCGAUGAGAUGCAAAGUGCUUUAGGUAAUUUUUCCAAACCAAAAUAUUGUCUUCUUUAGAUGGGACUGCUGAUGUAAGAGCACACGAAGACGACGAUGGAGACUUUGAGGUUGAACCGUUCCUCAAGACAUUGCAGAAUUAUGUGGAAUCUAGCAAUGCCAUCGAUAAGGCCAAGGUGAUCCUGAACAACAUUGACUUUGAGCUGGACGAGAACACCGUGGACAUGUCUGGUAAAUGCCGGCUAUAUAUACCUGGUUUUUAUUUCUCAAACGUCCAUUUUUCCUGUAAUUUUAGAUUCCGAUGCAUUAAGUCAGAUGGAACUUGAAGUGGAUUUGAUGAUACAGAAAUUACAGACAUUUCUGCAACGAAUUGAAGGGAUAAGUAUGAAAAGCGCCAAAGUUAGUCAUACAAUCAUAAAAUCGAAGGCAUUCUUUCACACCCAAUUGAAAGAUGUUGCCAUGGUACAUGAUGUAAGUAAUUCAAAAAUUAAAUCAUCGCGAUUUAGGCUUAUGAUAGAUAUGCCAAGGGAAUUUCUGAGCGGAUUGACCAGUUGGAACCGAUUAUACGAAGCGGGGUGUUGCCUGGACAAACCCCACCUCGAGAUGCACCAUCUCCAAUACCUGGAGAAGAUCCGUUCAACGAAAAUGGGUCUGAUGAUAUGGAAAUGGAUGAAGAAGAUAUGCCUGGUAAUUCAUUUUGAAACUUUUUAAUGACGGUUAUGCCGGGACUUGUCUAGUGGGUUUUUGACCCGUUGAUUUUAGGUAGAUCGUCGUUAAAUCCGCUGAUUCCUCCUCAAAAUUAUGUCCCCGAAAUUAAUCCAACUGAUGGAAGAAUAAAGUUGACAACGCCUGUCCCCGGGAAGACUGCUGAUCCGAGGCAAAGCAGAUUCCAGCCUCCUCCGAUCCCGCCGUACCCACCUGGAUUCUCAGAUUUGAUGCCUAAAUUUACUCCAAACAUACCUCCGCCCAUGAUUUCGCCCAUGUCAUUCCCUCCACCACACUUUGAUUCGCAGAUUCCACCACCACCGGGUGUUGUUGUAAGUGAAGACUUCAAUUGUUAAUUUACCGUACUUUAAAGUCCUUAAUCAUUUUAUUUCUUCCAGGACAUUCCACCAUCCACUUCUAUUGGACCUCCUGGAGAAGACUUGGAUCUCAGAAAAGAGGGAAAUGGAUACUCGAAUGGAAAUCAGAGCUUUACUUCAUUCCCACCUCCAUCAGGUUCGUUUGUACCAGCCCCCGAGCCGAACAAUCGAUUCAAUAAUAACUACUCCAACUACGAGAAUAAACGAAGAAAUGGAAAUUAUUAUGACAGAAAUGAUUUUGGAGGGCCUCGCCGGAAGAAUUUCAGAAGAGGGAGCUACCAUAAUGGUCAUUAGUGGAAUCUUUUGAAUAUGAAGACUCGAUCUGGAUGUGUUUUACAUUUGUCAAUGUUUUCUAACAGUCUUUAAAUGAUGUCUGUUCUCUCAGAUAUUCAGUGGAGUGAUGUCCAGGUGUAUCAUCAUCUCCCACAAUUUAUACCCUCAUAACUUAUUAGAGUUGUUUUUCUAUCUUAAUGAUGUUGUAAUAAGCAUUUUAAACGCUUUACGGGUCGUUAAUAUUUUAUUUGGAUGAACUUUCAUCGCCAAUAACGUACGUGAGACAAUCGUUAAGUCGAUGGUUAUCUGAUUCUGCUAUUGUUUGGAUGUUCUUAUGAGUUUAUUAUACUUUAGACAAGAUGAUGAGUUGGUUUGGAGGAAGUUCGGCAUCGGGAGAGCCCGCGCCUCAGCAUUCAGAAGAGCUCCAUGAUGGUCAUGAUCUCUCCAAGGAGUUGUACAACCAGCCAGUAUUGGCUUUGGAUAGGAUCAAACAUUCUGGAGUUCCUCUUAAGGCACAAAUGACCCCUUAUCUUCAAGUAUGUUUAUAUUUUAACUGUAAGAUUGUGAUUUUUAAGAUGGACCCCAGUAUGUUCAAAGCCUCGCAACCAGAAUAUAUCAUGCCUGAGGGCAAUGAAAAUGGAAAAGGGAAGUUUGAAUUUGCCCUCGGGCACAUUGGAUGGGCUGUCGCGGCUGGAUUUGCAGCUGGUUCACUUCGUGGAUUCGUUCCAGAACUUAUGAAUCCAGACACAAGGCAAUUGGUAAGUUUAAUUCUCAUUUUAUACUGCGCGUCAAAAGUUUGGAACAAUCUAGAUCUUCUUUGCGGCUUGAGAUGGGAGUUUCAUUUCUUUUCUAUUAGAAGCUUCAUGUAUUGAGAACCUCAAUGAAUAUAUAGCCAUCAACAUCAGAAAGCUCGUUGGAGUUUAAUAAAAAAUUUUAAAAAAUAAGUGCGUCAAAAGUUUGGAACAACCUUUGGAAGGUGAUUGUAAACUUCGGGAUGAGGCAGGAUAUCCACGAAUUUAGUAUUUUUGGAUGAUGCAAGGAAUCAGAAUGCCAGUGGCAUACUGAUUUUCAACGAUAGACCCAAACUGAAAAAAAUGCUUAUUGAGCCAAAAAUUACGGUCAAAUUUGCGAAAAAAAUAAUUUUUUGGUUUCGGUUCUACAUGUUAUCGGUGUGUAAGCGUUCUAAAAUAUUUAAUAUGGUCGCAUAAUUGUAGAAGGGCACUCAGAUCUUCGCAUAGGGACCUUAUCCGCACAGCAUAAUUUAUGAAAAUUUUGAGUUUUGCAUUAAAUCUUGAUUUAAUGUAUUUUAUAUUUUUUAUAGAGCGGCUUGGAGGCUAAUUGGCUUUCUGACCGUCAUCGUGGAAUAAAAAGGUAUAUGCAAGAAGCAGAACAUGGCCGCUAUUUGCAACACAAAGGCCACAACUUUAAAAAAGGCGGGUAUAUGAAAUGUUAAUAUUCCCGUAUUUUUUAUCUUCGAUUUGAAGCCGCUGCAUGGUGCAAAACUAAGUGCCUUUUUCGUUAUCACGCUGAUACAGUAUUAUAAACCAUUUCUCCAAUAUAUCACGCCACAAAUCCGGGUGAGAUAUGAAUAAUGAUUUUGGGACUAAAAAAUUUUUAAUGUCUGAAAGAUGUGGCCUUGGAUGUUGUAAAUGGCGUGGAUUUUUGUUGCUUGAAAAUACCUUUUUAUUCCACGAUGACGGUCAGAAAGCCAAUUAGCCUCCAAGCCGCUCUAUAAAAAAUAUAAAAUACAUUAAAUCAAGAUUUAAUGCAAAACUCAAAAUUUUCAUAAAUUAUGCUGUGCGGAUAAGGUCCCUAUGCGAAGAUCUGAGUGCCCUUCUACAAUUAUGCGACCAUAUUAAAUAUUUUAGAACGCUUACACACCGAUAACAUGUAGAACCGAAACCAAAAAAUUAUUUUUUUCGCAAAUUUGACCGUAAUUUUUGGCUCAAUAAGCAUUUUUUUCAGUUUGGGUCUAUCGUUGAAAAUCAGUAUGCCACUGGCAUUCUGAUUCCUUGCAUCAUCCAAAAAUACUAAAUUCGUGGAUAUCCUGCCUCAUCCCGAAGUUUACAAUCACCUUCCAAAGGUUGUUCCAAACUUUUGACGCACUUAUUUUUUAAAAUUUUUUAUUAAACUCCAACGAGCUUUCUGAUGUUGAUGGCUAUAUAUUCAUUGAGGUUCUCAAUACAUGAAGCUUCUAAUAGAAAAGAAAUGAAACUCCCAUCUCAAGCCGCAAAGAAGAUCUAGAUUGUUCCAAACUUUUGACGCGCAGUAUACUAUAGUUGAUAUUUCCUCCAGCGUGGCAAACCUUGGCUGACUCGUGUUGUGAAUGCCACAGUGAAACAUGGAAGUGGAUAUGCCCAGCCAGCUGGUGCAGCUGUUUUCAUGUUCUCGGUACUGGAAAUCGGUCUGAAGAGUGCCCGAGCCGACGAUGAUUUGAACACCUUAGGAGCCGGAGCCCUCGCCGGGGCCAUCUACAGAAGUCCAUAUGGAUCACGAGCGGCUGGAGUUGGCGCUGCAAUGGGUCUUUUGUUAGCCACCACCUGGGUUCUGGUGAACCCGGAUAGUCGCGGCAGAAUUCGCGAGAUGGUUAACUUCGCAUAG